AUGGAUUGUCCUCAGGAAAGACUCAGCAUCGCCGUGCUGGGUUGCGGCUUCAUGGGCACAGCAAUCAUCAAAGGUCUCCUCACUAGUAUCCGCCCAAACACCACAAGCUCAAAUGAUUUCAACAUGCAAAUCUGGGCCUGUGUCAGAUUCCAAGAAUCCUUCGAGCGAGUUCAAAAGGCCCUUGGCGAGGAAGCCUAUCGCGUUCAGAGUGCAACACACUUACAUGCAUGGGCUCAAGCCGUCGACAAAGCCGAUGUAGUUAUGCUAGGCAUCCCUCCUGCUGAGCUCAAAUCCAUUUCAGACAAUAUGCCAUUGUGCAAGUCACUGCGUGGGAAACUCGUUAUCAGUUUACUGGCAGGGACGUCUUGCGAACAGGUUACUGAUGCAUUUGUCCAUAAUGAUGUGGCGAAUCGAGCAAACCAGUUUAACGUUAUUCGCGUAAUACCAAGUAUGGGAGCACAAAAUCUGGAUUCGGUGACGAUGAUUGCGGAUACACAACAUGCUGGAGACGACCACAAAGCUCUAUGCGAUUGGAUCUUCAGACAAAUAGGUAGUGUGCACUACCUACCCGAACACCUCAUGAACGAAGCUACAGCAACACAUGCGACUUGCAAUGCACUUACUAUGAUUGCUGUGGACGCUAUCACGGAUGCAGCAGUGGCGGAGGGUAUACCACGUACUCAGGCAAUGGCAUUAGCUGCACAGAGUUUGAAGAGUGCGGCUGGGUUGUUGCAGGAUGGCAUGACUCCGGAGUCGAUGAAAGAGUCUAUGUCUGUACCCAGGGGGAUUACUAUUAAUGCUGUGAUGGAUCUUGAGAAGGGGCAGGUUAGAUCUGCUACUUCGGAUGCUACCAGGAAUGCUAUCAGAUACACGAGGAACAUGACUUGA